GCGCGUGCAAGGCAUUGUGGGAGUAGAGCUCAACCGGCAUGUUUGCUACUUGUAUGUAAAGAACGCUAUUUGUGUUAUCCAUACGAAUUUCAGUGAAUUUUAAAGUAUGUGUUUACCCGACUAUCAUAAAUUACAUUAAACUAAGUGCCAAUUGUGUUAUUAAAAUGGAGGAUGCUAACCGUACUUUGUUUGCAUCCGCAAUUUCUGAGGAUGAAUGGUCGCAAAUUCCCUCCGAAAUUGCAAAAAAAAUAUGCAACUUCGUCGAGGAGAAGUUUGACGAACUUAUUACUACAAAGGCGUUGUCUGAAACUAGUAAAUUUAAUACGGAAACCAUUUUAAAUGAAACAAAUGAGAAACUGAAGACUGCUGAUAGUAACGUACAAGAAGGGAAUCUUAAACUGGAAGCUGCUACACGCACCAUUGCAGAAUUAGAAACACAAAUUUCGACUUGUACAUCCGAUAUAACUAAGUUGCAAACGACAUGCAAUCGUCUAGAAGCCGAGGCCGCCGAUUGUCGACAUCAAAAGAAUAUUAUGUUAGGAGAAAAAGAUGAAUUGGCUAACAUACUUGAGCGAACCACUGCAGAAGUUGAACGACAGAAAAUGGAAAUUACAACUCUAACAAAUCAGUUGCACGAUGCUAUCAACGCAAAAUGUACAGCUCUGGCAGAAUACGGCGAAAUUCAAUCGAUGAAACUGACACUCGAGUACAAAGAAAAACGUCUUGAUCAAGAAAAGCUGCUGUUAAACAAUCAGGUGGAAACGUUAACUCAAAGUUUAGACGAGCGCACCGAGGAGCUAUUAAAUAUGAAGAAAGAUAACAGUUUGAGGUGUGUGCAGUUAGAGAAUAAGUUAACGGAUAAAACGCAGGAGCUGACUGUUGCGCUUGAAUCGAUUCGCAGUCUCAAUGAUAUUAACGAUAAUCUAAACGAAAAGAUCGAAGGGUUGAUGGAUGACUUGAAGAAGCGAAAUGAGAAAGAUGCGAAAACUUACGAAGCUUACCAGCACGAAAUAGCCGCACAGACAAAACUGGCCGAACUGUACAAGGCGGCAGGCGAGCAAAACCAAGACCACGUAGAUCACCUCUCGAAUGCUGUGAAAGAGUUACAAACGCUACUCCAAGAAACAUCAAACAAGUACGGCGAAUUAGAGACAAAGCAUAAAGAAAUGCAGCUUGCCAAUGAUGAAAUUAUCGCUAAGAAAAACGAGUGCAUAGCCAUGCUAAAGCAGGAGUUGGAAGUGAGUAACGAGCUAUUCAACGCGUGUAAGGACGAAAAUCUUCAAAAGGAAAUCGAAGAGAUUUCUCCAUCUGCGGCUGCAGCCUCUCGACUGAUCAAACCCGGAAUGUCACUGACUCAAAUUUACACUCAGUAUGUUAAUGUGAGCAAUGAGCUGAUCACGCAAAAGGAAGAGUGCGCGAGGUUACAGUCGUACAUACAGCACAUCAUUAACGAACUUGAGGACAAGGGCCCGUUGUUAAAGAAACAGAGAGAAGAUUACGAAACCGCAAUGGAAAAUCUCAAGGAGGUGACCGAUAACAACUACGCUCUCUCGGUGGAGUGCCAGCAGUAUCGUGAGGAAACUCUACAGGCCAAGCAUAACGAAGAUAUUCUUUUACGGGAGAAUGAUCGUUAUAAAAAAGAGGUUGCUGAUUUAAGUCGCCAGGUUUGCCAUCUGCUACGAGAGAUCGAAUUGUCACGCGUCGGAUCAAACGUCACCUCCCCGGACCAGGAUAUGUCAGAUAGCAUGAGUUCGGGCGAAAUUAUAAGUAAACGUCUCGUUACGUUCAGCGACAUUACUGAGCUGCAGGGUACCAAUCAACGUUUGCUGUCACUGGUGCGCGAGUUAAGUUCAAAGCAAGAGGAAGUGGAAGCGUUGGAUCCGACGGCGAUCGCCCAACUGAAGAUGAAGUUGGAGACGAUGAAGGAGACGCAGAGUAGUUUAUUGGAACAGCAAGACAGUCAAAAUAAAAUGAUGAGUAUGAUCGUUAACCAGCGUGACAUGUAUAAGACUCUGUACGAGCAAGCUUCGAAGGGAAUAGGCGAAGAUGGUGGUCUGACCCUCGACAGACUUGAGGGUGAAAAGGGUUCCCAAAGUUCAAAGGGUCAGGAGGAUUCCGAGUCUCGGUGUGAUGAUAAGGUGCAGACAUUGGAAGGCCAGCUUGAUAAAGCAAAAAAAGAAAUUAGCACGCUUAAAGAGGAGAAUGAUACAUAUCGAAAAGAAAAAAGUGUGAAUGAAAAGAUGUUGGUUGAUCAGCUGGAAGAGAUGCGGAAAGAAGUACGAGAAGUUACCCGCCAAAAUUGCAAACUUACAUCAGUUUCGGAACUAAACGAUGAACGUUUCAAAGUAAUGCAAUCCAAUACGGAAGUUUACAAAAAACAGAUUUCCGCUUUGGAGAAACAAAACAAAAUUUACAGCGAAAGCAACAUAAAGCACGAACAAAUGAUGACAUAUUUGAAAGACGAAACUUUGCAAUCCCAAACGAAGCUUUCGACGGCGGAAGUAAAAUUGGCCAAUUUAGAAAAGGAAAUCGCCCUUUUACGAGAUAGAGAGUCACGAUUGGUGAAAGAGGUGGAAUUUUUGAAAAAGGAGACUCACGCCAAAAACUUACUGCAAACGAACAUCGAACUGAUAAAAGCAACUUUGGAGAGAAACGACGCGGAGAGUCGAAUCAGGCUCGAAGAGCGACUGGACGAAGCGCACCGGGAAUGUGCAGCUUUACGACGCCGUCUACAAGAAGAGCAGGACCGCUUCCGCGAGUUGGGCGACCAUCUUGAGAAACAGACUCGUGCGGCGCAGGCUCAAAUGGAAGAAGAGAAAGGACACGCCUCCAAGCUUCGGAAGGAGGUGGCGGAAACACGUGAUGAUUUAAUCGCGAAACAAAUUCAAAUAGAAGAGCUAACCAAAAAACUGAAGAACUCCCUUAUGGUCAUUCCGGAAAAUAGCGUAGAAAGUCAUAAGUUUAGCGAAUUGGAAAGGAUACUAAGCGACAGCCAGGCAGAGGUGCAGUCGUUGCAAUUGCAAUUAAAAACUGCCAAAGACACCAUCGAACAGCACUGCAAUGUGGCGGAAGGUGCCGAAAAUCAACUCAAGGCUGUAUUAGAAGAACAAGAGAAGUAUAAAAAAACUAUGGAGAUGACGCUAAGUGAAAAGCAGCAGCAGAUCGCGAAACUUGAAGAGCAGUGCAGUGAACUUCAAGGGGAGCUAACAAUACAAGAUGAUGACGUUAAUGUGGAUGCGCGAAGCAAAUUGCAUAGAAUUGAAGAAGAGCUCAAGGCUAGUAAGGUCGAUUUGAACGAGUGUAAAUCUGCUCUGGCCGUUGCUCAGACUAAAAUACAUGAGUUGACAGCUGAUGUUGAGACUGCCGAGAAUAAAUAUACUCACGAGAUGCUGUUACAUUCCACCGAUUUGCAGACUUUAACGUCACUAAAAGAAGAAGUUACGAAUUUAAAUACCGAAAUUCAAGAACUCAAACUGGUAAGAGAUCACUCCGUAUCAGCUCUAGAGGAAUACAAAGUGGGCUUAGCAUCACGCGAGGAGUUCUUCCAAAAAGAAAAGGAACAGCUUGAACUCAGAUUUAAAGACCUAGACAGUCAAAAUGCGCUAUUACUCGAUCAAAUUCAAUCCCUUAAUACGCAAAUCACCAUUAUGCAAACGCAAGCUACGGAACAGCAGAACCAAUCAAUCGGUAGUGCGGAUGUUAGCUUUAAUAGAUCCUUCACAGACGAGGACGUUAAGUCUUCCGAACAGCUUCUAAAAAUUAUCAAAUACUUACGCCAGGAAAAAGACAUUUCGGUUAGCAAAUGCGAGAUUCUAGAAGCGGAACUUUUACGUCUAAAAUCUCAGCACGACCUGAUUACGAAACAGCUCGAAGAUGCCAAGGCAAAUCUAGAGGCGGAAAGGCAGAAAUCCGAAGUAUCGAUGGUCACAGCAGCUAAACACUCCGAAGUGUUGCGUAAAGUGGAAACUCUUAACGCCAUCACAGAUAGUAACAGAACUCUUCGGCAGGAACGUGACGGCCUAUCGUCGCAAAUUAGCGAUCUCAAAGCGCGUACCGCCCUUUUGGAAGAUCAGGUCGCGCCACUUCAAGAGAAAAACAAGGACUUGAGUUUGAAGUUUGACGCGUUGCAUAGCGAAAAUGUUUCGUUGAGAGGCGAGGCCACGAGAUGGCGGCAGCGUGCCAAUAUGCUUAUAGAAAAAUCAAAUCGCACAAGUCCAGAAGAUUGGAAAAAGUUACAAAAUGAGCGUGAGAAUUUAGCUAAACAACUCGCGAUUGAAAAAGGUACCAGUACUAAGUUGGGCGACGAUUUGAAUAACGUACGACAUGAAAAAACCAAAUUAGAAGAGCAAUUGCGUAGCUUGCGGUCGCAAAACAAUCAAGUUAGUGAUGACCUUGAGAAAACACGCAGCGAUCUCGCCAAAGUUAGAGAGCAAGUGACCGAAUUAACUCAUUCUCUCGAUGAAACAAAGGAGAAUUACUCCAAACUUUUGGAGGAAAAAAAUAAAAUUGAAGCCGAUAUGACGAAUAAAGGUGAAGUAAUUGUAGAUUUGAAAAACAAUUUGUUGGCCGUAAGAAAAAUUGCGAAGAAGUAUAAGCAGCAGUGUGAAGAUCUCACUGGAACAAUGGACGCAUUGAAACAGGAGAACGAGGAACGAAACAAGAAUGAGGCGACGGCUGCCGAGAAACAACAACAGACUCUUGCGGAGGAACGUACCUUGAUGCAAGAACGUAUCUCUCUGCUGGAAGUUAAUCACAAUGAAAAAGUAGAACAAUUAACGCAACAAAUUUCAGCGGCAAAUGAAGAAAUAAGUAAUCACCAAAAGGAAAUUGAGUCCUUGAAGCAGUCUGCUGUCGAAAAGGACGAUAGGUUUAAGAGCAUAUUUAAAAAUGCCAAGGAACGUCUGAUAACAUUAACUGAAGAAAAUAACACUCUUCGUUCAGAACGUAGCCGCUCAUCUGAUGACUCGAGUGACAAGGGUAAAAAUAGUGAAGUGGAAAAGUUAAUGAAAGAGAAAGAAGAAAUAUUGCAGGAGAAACAGCUGGAAAAAGAUCGCCUUAUGAGCGAAAUAGAAACUUUAACGCAAAGGGUGAACCAAUUGCAGAGACAGUUGGGACAGCAAGGAUCUAAGCCGACCACUAGCUCGGGAACAUCGGAAAAAUCAACCAGCGAACCACCGACCGCCAACAUUAAACCAAUGGCCGGCCAUUCCACAAAUACUCAAACACAUUCGGUUCAAAUACAACCGUGGCGAAGUGGACCGGAAACUCCUCUUGCCAGUAUUAGGCCUAUGUCUAUGCAAGUUCGUACUGCAGCCGUUUUACCUACUAGCCAGGGUCCAUCAACUAGUCAAUCUCCGAGCGCGGUAAUGGUGCCGCCUCAACAACAGGUUCAUACCACCGGUCCGAGCAACAUCGAAUCCCUCUCUAGUAGUCCUACGAGUUCGCACACGGAGUACAUGCCCGCGACUAGCUCGGCUACGCCCACCGUAGUUACACCUCGACAACUUGCGGUACCGCCAACUCAAUCUACUCAAGAUGUAGAAGAUGAUGAUUCUACAUUGCAGCCCGUACUUCAGCAGCAAGCCGUGGCAUUGGUGUUACCAAGAGUUGAGCAACCAAGCAACGGGCCCGCGCAGGAAUUGGGCACGAGCAGUAGCAGCUCAAACACGGUAACAACAACUCAAGCGGGACUGAAACGGCCUAGAGAUGUAGACGCCGAGGCGUGUCAAAUUGACGAUCAGAGUAAACAACAGCAAAGCAAGCGAACGCGCAUUCAGCAAGGGUCGACUGAAACCAGUCAACAUCACGGUACCGUUACUGAUAGCGGUUUAGAAGUUGAGUAUCAAGUUCCCACAAGUAGCCAAAGAGAUCACGAGGAAGACCACGAUGCUGUGAUUGUAGUCGAUGAGAGCGAGGAUGAUGUGGAUGAUCCUGAUGAGGGUGAAGGUGACGACAAUGUCGGAGACGAUCCCGAUACUGAGGGUUACGAUAUGGAAUCGUAUCCAGAACAGGAGCUCAGUUAUGACGAUGCAGAUUGUCAGGAUAUGGAAGAAGUGGAGGGAGGAAAUGAGGUCGAAGUGGUGGAAGGUUCUAGUGAAGUUCCGAAUCAGAGUGAACGUUCUAUACAAGAGAACAGUUCUCAAGAGGAAUCCCUGGAGCAGCCACAAUCUGAAACCAUUAGUAGUGGAACAGAUGGUCUGUCCAACGUUACUGUAUCACAGGCAUCUCCUUCAGUUGCAGUCACCAUGCCCUCGUUUUCUCGAACUAGAUCAGUUGCUCCAUUGACAAGACAACAGCCACAAUCCCAUUUGUUACUGCAACAUGGGAUGGAUGAAGGGGGAGAUGACGGUAAGUACAUAAACCUACAACUCAAACGUACAGCCCAAAAAGGUUUUUUAUUUGACUGUAACAACACUUUUAUAUAAAAACGCUGGCUAUUU